GAAAAUGAACCAUACUACAGUGGAAAGUUACAAGCGCAGCAUUUGCAUUGUCACCCGCGUGAUCGACCGUGGUUGUUUUUCUUAGCUUUCCGUCAGAAAUCAUGGCUGCUUUAACGAGUUUGCUUCAUCAAGUCUCCAAAUAUGGAUUACGAGUAUCUUGCAGUCCACUGUACAGCCACUGUACAAGAAGGUGCAUGGCAUCGAUGCAAAGUUUUAAGGCUAGUGACCUGCAGAUUGAGCGUUCGACACACCUGAAGCCCAAGCCAGACCCUAACAACCUCGUCUUUGGCAAGGAGUUUACGGACCACAUGCUGGUGAUUGAUUGGUCCAAGGAUGCUGGUUGGCAGGUUCCAAGGAUCGUGCCAUUUGGCAACCUCUCGCUCCACCCGGCCUCCUCAGCCCUGCAUUAUGCUAUCGAGUUGUUCGAAGGCAUGAAAGCCUACCGAGGAGUAGACAACAAAAUACGUCUCUUCCGUCCGUUUGAGAACAUGGAGAGGAUGUCAAUAUCAGCAGAAAGGGGUGCUUUGCCUGCUUUCGACAAGGAAGAGCUGUUGAAGUGCUUGUGCAAGCUGAUCAGUUUAGACCAGGAAUGGGUGCCCUACUCCACCACCAGCACACUGUAUAUCAGACCAACCAUGAUAGGCACUGAGCCUUCGUUAGGUGUCAGCCCACCUGGUCACGCAAAGUUGUUUGUUAUCAUCGGCCCAGUGGGGCCGUACUUUGCCACGGGAACCUUCAAUCCGGUCCGCCUGUAUGCCGACCCAAAUAACGUGCGGGCAUGGAAAGGCGGCGUCGGCUAUGCAAAGCUGGGAUCCAAUUACGGGCCCACGGUCAUGCCGCAGGUGGAAGCCGUUAACAAAAUGGAUUGCCAACAGGUGUUAUGGCUGUACGGGGAUGAACACUACGUCACUGAAGUGGGCACCAUGAAUAUCAUGAUGUACUGGCAGAACGAACAAGGAGAAAAGGAGCUGAUCACCCCCGAAUUGGAUGGAACGAUCCUACCAGGUGUCACAAGGAAAAGCUUGCUGGAAUUGAUGCGCAAAUGGGGAGAAUUCAAAGUCACAGAGAGACCAUUCACCAUGAAAGAGGUCGUCAAAGCCGUGAGAGAAAACAGGGUCUAUGAGAUAUUUGGUGCGGGCACAGCAUGCGUGGUGUGCCCCGUCUCCAGUAUACUCUACCAAGGGGAAGAUCUACAAAUACCAACAACGGGUGAAGGUGCCGCUCUAGCCACCAGACUGUACAAUGAGCUGAACGAUAUACAGUUUGCCAGAUCGCCAAGUGACUGGAUGCACGAAAUUGAAUGAAUCGGCAAUAGCACUCGUCACUUCUCUUCGAAAUUGUGAAACCCACCAUCAAGCGGUACCGUCCUAUAUUUUGUUGAAUAUUUCCUCAUCCAAAUUCUGAAUAAUAUACAGGAGAGCAUUCAGGGGCGGGCGCAGCUGGUGUCUGCCCCCC